AUGUAUGGCUGUGAGCUGGGUGAUGACGGGACCACUCUAGGAGACUACCAGUAUGGUUAUGAUGGAGCAGAUUUCCUCAGUCUGGACAAGAGCACUCUCACCUGGACUGCUGCCAACCAGAAAGCUGUCAUCACCAAGCUUAAGUGGGAUGCUACCGGAGCUGAAGCUAACCUUCGGAAGAAUUAUCUAGAAAACACAUGCAUUGAGUGGCUUAAGAAGUAUGUCAACUAUGGCAAAGACACUUUGGAAAGGAAAGGUACAGUAUAAUCACUUUGAACUUCGGUAGUGUUGACAAAUAUGAAACACAUAUCCCUUUAAUCAUAAGGUAUCCAUCACAUACAUGGUUGAAGAACUAUGAUAUUGAAAAAUAUUUAUGUAUUCUCAGUAUUUAUUGGAAUGUUCACUUUAUCUGUCUAUCUAUAUUUAUAUCUCUCUCUUACUCUCUCUCUCUCUCUCUCCAGUUCCUCCUUCAGUGUCUCUGCUCCAGAAGACUCCCUCCUCUCCAGUGACCUGCCACGCAACAGGUUUCUACCCCAGUGGAGUCAUGGUGUUCUGGCAGAAAGACGGACAAGAACAGCAUGAAGAUGUGGAGCAUGAAGAGACUCUCUCCAACGAUGACGGAACCUUCCAGAAAAGCUCCCACCUGACAGUGAUGCCUGAGGAGUGGAAGAAGAACAAGUAUCAGUGUGUGGUUCAAGUCACGGGUAUCAAGGAGGACUUCAUCAAGGUUCUGACUGAGUCUGAGAUCAAGACCAACUGGGGUAAGAGGGAGAGAUUCAAAUACACACUAUACUCAACCCUCCUGCUCAAUGUGCCCAACAUUCCUCAUUUCUAAGUUCAGUCAUCUGCUCAGUAACACUACCUUUCUGACUUUAUGUUCUCCUUGACCUCCUGACCUUUUAUUGACAUUGAGGGAUGCUGCUUAGAGUUCAUUUUUUGACGAAAAAUCUAGUACUAUUGUCUGAAUGCUCUGUUCUGAUGAUUACAGAUGACCCAACCACCAACUUUGUCCCCAUCAUUGGAGGGGUGGUAGCUCUCCUCCUGGUCAUCGCUGUUGUUGUUGGGGUCGUCAUUUGGAAGAAGAAGAGCAAGAAAGGUGAGUGAGGAGAGAAAGACCUCUCUAUAUUCAUAUGUAGGCUACACUGUCAUCUUAGAUAUUAUCAGCAGUGUUUUAGUUAGUAGUUUAGAGGUAGUAGUCAAGUCAUAGUACUGGUUUACAAUCAUGUGUUGUAGUUAGUGAUGGUAGAAGUAUGUUUGAUUUAAUGAUUCACAUAAAUAAAGAGUAAUGUUGUCACUUACUGUAUAUGUGAUGUCUGCAGUAGGAUAUGCAGUAGAAAUACAGGAUUCAGAAUACUCUCAAACUGAUGUUCUCUUGUAAUAUUCCACCAAACCAAGCUUUCAGAGUCAAUAACAACAUCACUUUCAUCUCUGUGUUUCAGGCUUUGUUCAGACCAGCAGUAAGUGCCAACCUUCAUGUUGUUCUCUACUCUGAAAAGAUCACAGAUUUUUUUUUUUGUGUUGGACUGUAUGAUAUCCAUUUUAGAGUGUGGCGGUGUCACUUUUCAUUGUAGCUUCUGAUGCUGGUUCAAAUUUAGAUGUCAAUUGAUGUAGCGAUGUAGUUAAUAUGGAAGGCUGCAUUUACUGUGAACCAUGCAUUAGGAACUUGUGAAUUAACCUGAACUCAUGGAUUAUCUUUAAGUCAGUCUUUUUUUCUAACAUUGGGGUUUCAUUUCUGUUUUAGCUUCCGACACUGACUCUGACAACUCUGGGAAAGGUGCCCAGAAGAUUUGA